UGCUCUAGAUAUCAUAUAUUUUACAUCAAAAAAUUGUGGAGGGUUCGGGCGUCCUAAAAUGUGUUAAACCUCUUCGACAACUUCAAAUAACUUGAGUGAGCUACAAGAGACCCGCUAUAGUUGUCUUGGAAAACAUUUAAUAAUUAAUGUCUCCACAACAAAUUGAAGUCUUUGGGGCCCCCCUUUGCGUUUCUGUUUGGACAAGAAUAGCCAGAAUGAAACGAGGUAAAAUAAUGUUAUGAUUUUAUGUAUUAAAUACUUAUGUAUAUUACACAACCCAAUGUAAAUAUCAAACAUUUCUACUUGUUUUCAUUCGAACGAUAUCGGCUGGAAUUGUGGAGCGACGAAGUGUGACUGUGACAUCAUAGAUGCUUCCAUGCAAGCGUGAAGAGAGAUUUGUUUGAGCUGCUUUUAGAGUUUUCAAUAGAUUUCAAUCGCACAUUUUUGCUUUCUAUCAAAAUCUCCGUUUACUUUUUGCGACGCAAUGAUGAUUCAGUCAAGGAUUUCAAAUAUACCCUUUUUGGAUAGAGCAAACGACAUGUUCACAACAACGAACAAGAGCCACUUUAAACCAUUUGACAACACCGCCAUUCAGAAAAGAAAUGUUAUACUUCGGCCUGUCUCAACACUUUUACAACGAGGAGACAACAAUUGCCAGAGAAAGCACCAGACAGAGACAGCGUCGUCCUUCACAUCCCAUCCACGAACCCCUGUCACCCUACCAACGAUGACCCACCGCACGAUGCAGAGAACCAACUUUAAAAUGCAUUCUGAGAAAAGGUGUGGAGACUUUGAGACCAACGUUACCCAUGCAGACUUCAAGCCCUUACCGAUGUCUGCAGCCAAAAUAAUUCGUCCCACCACCUCAGUCAGGAUAAGUCUCCCGGGGAGCAAAUUUCCUGAAACUACUCACAGAUCCAGUUACACCAAACAUGAGGUGUCAUCAGACCGCAGGGCAAAGGAAACAGUGAACACAGGUGUCGGGUCAACUCUGAAAGAGAACAAAAAGGAUGAAUUCAGUUCCAGUUAUCAUGAGCAGUUCCAGUACAGAUGGUGUCCUCCUCCACUUCUGUCUGCAGAAAAGCAAAGGAUUCAGAUUUCAUCUGUAGCGAUGGGAGACCGAGAAAAGAAGCUGGGCAAACAAACAACAUAUUCCAGCUCUUUCAGUCAAUCAGGUGCCCACAGCUAUGCUAGGGAAUGUCUGCUUCCCAAGAUAAAUAAAUCCCGGCCCAUCAACCUCCGAGAACAUGCUGAUGAAAAAUGGAUAACAACAUCAUCUGAGGAAUUUCCUGCACACAAAUAUGGAUAA